GUUAUGGAGUCUAUAAACAAACAUUCGAAACAGCGAGGACGGGUCAUCGAAUUUCGGGAGCUUCUCUACGGCUAUCAUAGAGUAAACCCUCUGUUUGGGGCCGACUACGUUCUCGACAUGCUCCUCAUGUAUAAAAAAUACCGCGGCAGAAAAAUGACCGUGCCUGUUCGCAGACACGCAUACCUCCAGCAACAAUUUACCGGGUUGGAGAUCAGAGAAAUUGAGCUAGACCUAACACUAGAAGGAUGGCACGAAGAUCGUCCCAGCGAGCGGCUCAUCGAGGACGACGUGAAUUUCAACGUGAAGCGACCGAAAAAGGCCAUGACCAAGUUCCCGGAAACGGCCGAGACCUCGGACCUCAUCAUCGUGUCUCCCAAUAGCGAGCCUGUCACCUUCGAUCAAGUCCAGUUCCUCCGGCAACAGCACAUCAACUUCAUCCUCCCCUUGUCCGGCAGAUUCCCAACUUUCCGCCGCUUCGUUCACACAUUUGAAGAGGUAUGCCUGAAAGAAAAAGAGUCAGCGUCGCUGUACGUGAUGCUGUUCCCGAGCGAUGUGGACAACUCAGUGAACGAGACGCUGUCCUUGGUGCAGGAGGUACAGCGGCGGUAUCCACGUGCCAAGAUCGUCGUCUACCCAAUCUUCGCCGGCUUCACGCGGGCCCUGGCCCUCGAUGAAGGGGCCCGCCUCGUCCCCGGCGACGGACUUCUAUUCUUCAUCGACGUCGACAUGACGUUCACCCGCGAGACCUUGGCUAGGGUCCGGCUCAACACCAUCCGCGCUCGAUCCGUCUACUUCCCCAUCGUCUUCAGUGAGUUCGACCCGGAAGUGGCCUUCCUCUUCGCGCCUGGCAACCAGGACCAAGACAAAGAUCGCGUCACCGUCAACUCUGGCUACUGGCGCCAGUUCGGUUUUGGCAUCGCCAGCCUUUUCAAGUCCGAUUACUUCCGGGUUGGUGGCUUGGACACAAAAAUCAAAGGCUGGGGAAAAGAAGACGUGGAUCUCUAUACGAAAUUCAUUCUCUGCUCUACAUCCAUAAGCGUCUUCCGGGCGGUGGAUCCGGGACUAUUUCACCGUUUUCACAUAAUCACAUGCAGCCCCAAACUUGACGACGCUCAACUGAAGAUGUGCAAAGAUACAAGAUUUGAAACUUACGGAUCAGUCCCUUAUCUAUCGAGCAUCCUUGUUAGUAAUUUAACCGGCUACAUAAACUUCGCUAAUAGUCGGCAAAGGAUUUCGUCUCUGAGCUGAAAUUAGUCCAGGAAGGUUUCUAUAACAAUUUCACUUGUCGGGAGAAGAGGGAAAGUGGGAAGAUGAUUGGAAGCCUCCAAUUCGGAGCUGACUACAGCCUUGGAAAAAGUCUAUCAAAAAGUGUGAUCGUUCAGGGGAGAGUGGAAGUCGGAAGUGGAUUCUAUCUCGGAUCUUAGUAAGAUCAGUAUUUGAAUCAAUUAAAAAAUAAAUUCUGCAUCUAUUCCUGAAAAUUGUCCUCUUAAUAUACUUUAUUUAACCUUUUAAUUUUAAAUUAUAGUCCAAUCUAGCCCCAAAAAGGGCCCAACCUCGGCCAAAUUCGCAUAAACUUCUUUAUUGUUUAAGUAACUCCAAAACAUGUCUACAUUCCCCAAAAAAAGCCUACCGUUCUAGUCGAAGGGCCACGAAGUUACUUUCGUGUGCAAACCUGAAACUUUCUGAGUACCUUGUUGGGUCUCUGGAACGCCUUUUUCUAGCAAUAAAAUUGUCCUGAUUCCGGGGCAACAUAUUCAAAAUGGCCGCCAUGGCCAAAAUCGAAGGGUCCAGAGGUGCUCUUUGAAACCCACGGUGUAUUCGAAAA